AUGACGUCGAAAUAUAAUACAAAACCUCAGUUAGGCCUAGCGAAUCCUGACUCCGACGAAGGUGGAGAAAGAUGGGAAGAGUACAUUAAAAAACCGAUGGCUAAUGUACCUUAUUCGCUCAAAGAAAUGAAUAUAUGCGAAGACAUCAUCUAUUGUACUUGGUCGGGAGAUGAAUAUGAUGAACAACUUGACAACACCUUUUUCCCUCCUUCUCUGUUUCAGAAACCUGGAUGUUCGCAGCGCAUCAACCAAGCAAUCUACGAUCGAAGACCAGAGAAAUCUUUGCCAAGGAAGUUAAAUUGGAAGGGAACGUGA